ACAAAAAGAGCUUUAUUCACAAUUGGCAAGAACCAAAAGAAGAGCAAGAACCAAAAGAAGAGCAAGAACUUUAUCAAUUAAUUUUUAAAUGGGCAACAGAUGAAAUUGAAAUUGAUAUUCUAGAUUUAUUCAAUGCAGCAGUAUAUUUUAAGAAGAACCUUAAUAGCUCUUUUUAUGAUCGAUAUGUUACCAUGAAUUUGCCUAGUUUAAAAAUCUAUUCAGAUAAAAUUAUAUAUGCAAUGCAGAAAAUUUUGCAAGCAACACAAACGAUUCUUCUUAUUUUUGGCCCAUAUGGAUGGGGAUGUUUAUUAUUUUUAAAGCAACAUGAACAGUAUUCAAUACUUAUUCCAACUUUUAAAGAAAUUUUAGAUUUUACAAUUGAAGCAAAAAGAUAUUUCUCUAUGCAUAUUUUGCACCAUUUUUUUAUGAAUGAAAUAAACUUUGAGGAAGGCGAAGUUAAUGAUUAUAUAAG